AUGGGUCUAGUGGAUUUGAUUCUGCCCUAUAUUCCGGACAUAAACACAAUUCUUAUUGGACUAACUGUGUUUCUUGGAGCUGCUUACUGCUUUUCCAAGAAAGAAAUCUCUGGAAUUCCACCUGGGCCGCCAUUUCUACCAGUUUUUGGAAAUGCUUUAGAUCUGAGAGGUAAAAAUCUGAAAAAGAAACAUAAGUACUUUUCGGAAUUGGCUCGUCAAUAUGGAGACGUAGUGAGAAUCUAUAAUGGCUCGCAGUUGACAAUUGUCUUAAACUCAUAUGAUUCCGUCAACGAACUAUUUGUCAAAAACAAGGAUUUUGUAUCCGAUCGACCCAGGGACAAACUAUGGGGUGUGAAAUUGUCAACAGAUAUUGGUGGAACGGGAAUCAUCUGGUCAAACGGCCAAACGUGGAAAUCGAUUCGCAGAACCUCUUUGCAGGCACUCCGAGAUCUUGGUGUUGGAAAAUCUAGUCUAGAAGAAAAAAUUCAAGAAGAAGCUGAAGUCUUGAUUAACAUCUUGUCGGGAGAUGAAGGAAAACCACUCGUAUUGAUAGACUGGUUGAUCAAGGCGACCACUAACAUUAUCUGUGGAUUAACUAUGGGCAAAAGAUUUGAUUACGACAAUCCUCAUCUUAUCAAUAUUUUAAAGGUUAUCGGGUUUUCCUUCAAAGGAGAAGGAUUCUUCGCACCCAUUCAUGUGUUUCCGAUUAUGAGGUUUUUACCGGGAGUUAUGAAAUUCAUGGACGCCGGAAAGAAGCUUAGAGCUUUUAUUUCGUCAGGAUUUGAAGAUCACAGGGAGAGCAUGCACCCCGAUGAAAUUCGAGACUUCAUCGACGCCUGUCUCGCGAAUAAGGACAGCAGUAUCAGCGACAAAGUCAAGUUCAAGGCAACCCUCGACCUUUUCGUAGCUGGAUCGGACACAACAGCUUCUACUUUGGACUGGGCGUUCCUAUACUUGCUUUUGAAUCCGGGAGUGAUGAAGAAAUGCCAGCAAGAGAUUGAUGAUGUCAUUGGUACUGACCGGAUGGUAUCUUGGUCAGACCACAGUCGAAUGCCUUACAUAGAAGCUACCAUAUUGGAAGUUCAGCGUCUUGGCAACACUGUAGCUAUUUCAAUACCACACAUGGCCGUAAAGGACAUCAAAAUUGGAGAAUAUCUGAUUCCCAAGGAGUCGAUCAUUUAUGCCAAUAUGUAUGCUUGUCACAUCGACCCAAAAUAUUGGGAAGAUCCACUUAGAUUUAAACCCGAGAGAUUCCUGGAUUCAAACGGUAAAAUCACAAAACCAGCGUCAUUUAUCCCUUUCUCCGCAGGUCCCCGGAUCUGCCCCGGAGAAUCCUUGGCCAAGAUGGAACUGUUCAUGUUUUUUACGUGUAUACUACAGAAAUUCAACAUAACCAAAUAUGGCAACGAGGAGCUAAGUACUGAUGGUAAUUUUGGAAUCAGCAUGUCCACCCCGAAAUACCAUGUUUGUGUCGAAAAAAGAUAA